UGAUAGGUAUUGUUGCUUGUUAUUGUCAUUGAAUGAGUGAUAAAGACUAAAUUUUUAUAAAAGUUGGAAAAUGAAAGCUACUUAACCAUUUUUCCCCCUUUUUUCCCUUUGUUUUGGUUGAAAAUAAUCAUUAAAUUUUGUAUUCUAAACUAUUUUGUUUCUGGGUUUUUUAUAUCUCUUUGUAAAAUGCCUAUGUACCAGCCAAAUAAGGUGGAUUUGGGUAGUGGUGGGCAGGUUUUAGAUCUAGAAACUGCUGUGAAAGAUGGGGUUUUAGGUGGUGGGUGUGUAGAAGAAGGUGGGUUUUCAAGCUUUGAUGAGAAAUUAGAUCUUAAAAAAAUGGUGGAAGAAUUAGACUCCAUAGAAGUACCAAAUGUUUUCAUUUGUCCCAUUUCAUUAGACCCAAUGCAAGAUCCAGUUACCCUUUGUACAGGACAAACUUAUGAGAGGUUGAAUAUCAUGAAAUGGCUUUCUUUAGGUCAUUUAACUUGUCCUACUACAAUGCAAGAGCUUUGGGAUGAUUCAAUUACCCCAAAUAAAACCCUUCAACAAUUGAUUUAUAGUUGGUUUUGUUCUAAGUAUAAGGCUAUGAAGAAGAGGUCUGAGGAUGUUCAAGGUAGGGUUUUGGAGAUUUUGGAAAAUUUAAAGAAAGUUAAGGGUCAAAUUAGGAUUCAAGCUCUAAAAGAGCUUAGAUUAGUUGUGGGUAAUCAUUUUUCUGCUAAGAAAACUAUGGUUGAUAAUGGUGGGUUUACUGUUUUAACCUCUUUGCUUGGUCCUUUCACUUCCCAUGCUGUUGGGUCUGAAGUAGUUGGGAUUCUUGUGAAUUUAAGCCUUGAUUCUGAGUCUAAGUCUAACUUGACUCAACCAGCUAAGAUCUCUUUAAUGGUUGAUAUGUUGAAUGAGGGUUCUAUAGAAACUAAACUUAAUUGUACUAGAUUGAUCCAAACUUUAAUGGAUACAAACGAUUUCGACCCUAAAUUGGUGUCGAGUUUAAGCCUUUUGGUCGGGUUGUUGAAAUUAGUUAAGGAUAAGCGAAACAACUUGAAUGGUGUUCAACCGGGGCUUUCAUUGCUCAAAAUGAUUAGCACCCAUGAAUGUGUUCGAUGUUCGAUUGUUAGCAUUGGGGCUGUUCCGCAAUUGGUUGAUCUUUUGCCUAGUUUGAAUGCCGAGUGCUUGGAAUUAGCACUCUCGAUAUUAGAUAACUUGGGUAAUCUUCGAGAAGGAAGAGUCGCGUUAAAAGAAUGCGUGCAUACAAUCCCGAAUUUGGUUAAGUUGUUGAUGAGAGUUUCAGAGAAUUGUACUCAAUUGUCGUUGUCUAUAUUGUUCGCGGUUUGUAAGUUAUCGCCUGAAGAGUGUGCGCCUGUCGCAGUCGAAGCUGGGUUAGCAGCCAAACUUCUGCUUGUAAUCCAGAGUGGUUGCAACCCAACUUUGAAGCAACAAUCAGCUGAAUUGUUGAAAUUAUGUAGUUUAAAUUAUACUGCUACAAUUUUUAUUUCUAAGUGUAAGCUUACAAGAACAUUGCAAUGAAAGUAAAUGUUUGGUAGUAAAAUUCUUUUGUUGGAUAUAUCAAGUCUUACACACUUACUAGUUCUCCUAUAUCUUCAACAAAAAGCAAAUUUGUUGAAGAUUUAUUGUUAAGAAGAACUUUUAAGGCCUUUUUGGUAGUCGGUACUAAAUGGUGGAAAUAGUAAUGGAAAGUUAGUGCAAAUUUAGUAGAAAUAUCUGUUGACAAGUUUAAUGGUCAUGUUUAUUCUCAUCCACGGUACAAAGCAUGGGAAUGACAUGAUAUAUAUCAUGAAAAUUUAACUACAAACUAUUCCCAUUUUCACUAUUUAGUACUGAUUAUCAAACGGGCAAGUGGAAUGAUUAUCAAACGGGCAAGUGGAAUGAGGUCUCUAAAGGAAUGUGUAUAAAAAGAGAGAUCUCAUUCCAUGGAUUUUUUUUGCUACUUUUAUGUAAUUGGUAGAUGGUUUGUUGCACCAUAGUCUUCUGAGUCGAGCAACAUGGAACCACUCUUUGCACUUUGCCGAUUGAUUCGGUUCAGUCUAAUGUGAUUUGCUAAUCUCCUCAAAAAGCGAAUUAUAGUCGGUUUGAGCUAUCUUUAAGCCAUUUUGUUGCAGAUUCGA